AACUCCUUCCUGUAGAAAAGAAUAAAAUUCAGGAUUUGUUUAAAACGUAAGCACAAUGCCCUGCCCUGCGUGAAGGGCCCACGGGAGGAAGAGUCCGCUCAGCCCUGCAGGCCAGGCAGCCCCCGACCCCAGCCAAGGCUCUGAGGCUCUGCAGCCGCGAGGGCGUCCUGUCAGAGGAGGGUUCUGGGGGCUCCCAUCGCCUCACCUGGAGGCAGGGGCUGCUGGCCUCCUGGGGGUCCGCCCCAAGAGCCCAGGCCCUUCCUGGAGGGUCAGUCCUGUUUUCUCAGCCCUGAAGUUAAUGGGACUUCCUCACAGGCCCCCCGCCUCACCGUGACCCCUCUCCAGCCUGGCACACGUCUCGGCCUCUGUGAGUCACCUGUGCAAUGGGGGCGCUCACGGGGUUAGCGAGGUGGCCUGGCCCGGGAGGCGCCCACAAUGCUGGCCCCUCACAAUGGUUGCCCGGCAACGGGACUCCCCUCAGAGAAGGGGACUGGACACCGGGAAGGACAGGAGUCAGCAAGGCCAGAGUGGAAGCAAAAUGACAGCUACUCAGAAACACAGCCUCUUCACGCCAGAGCCGCACUAUAUCCCUGGCUAUGCCGGCUUCUACCCGCAGCUGCGCUUCCAGGUGGGGAACACCUACGGGCGCACCACGGGCCAGCUGCUCACAGACCCCAGCGUGCAGAAGAGCCCCUGUUCUGUGCUGUCCCCCAUGUCCAAGCCCAAGUUCAUUGAGGACUUCAGCCAGUCCAGGCCCCCCCGGGUUCCCUGCCGAGACCUGACUGAGCCCUACAUUCCCCACUACACCAGUCUGAAGCCCUACAAGAACUUCGAGAUCCGGGGCCAGCUGCCACCCCUGGAUGUGGACGCCCCAGAGCCGCCAGGGGUAGAGAACAUAUCCAGACACCUUCUGCUGCCUGCCGGUGUCAUGCCUACCCCCCCCCACCCCCUGUGCCCACCAGGCAGGAAGGGGGACUCCAGAGGCUCGGGACACCCAGGCCUGUGGCUGGCCUUGGGGGAAGAGGCCUGGAGGAACGCCGCCCCUGUCUGUGAGGCCCCCAGGCAGCAGCAGCUGUACCACUGCCGGAGGGACGAGUACCCCCCCCACACUCACCAGCAGGAGACACUAGAUGUGUGUAGGUUCCAGCGCCUGCCACAGCUGGACCACCCCAACCUAAUCCAACGGAAGGCCAUCUCAGGCUAUACUGGCUUCAUUCCCCGGUUCUCCUGGGUAAUGGGGGUCAAUUACCGAGACGGUGUCACACAGGCCAUGGACGAGUUUGACAAGAGCCAGUUCCUAUUCAGAAACCCCCACUGUGACCUGGGCGAGAAGCUGCCGGAAACACACUGGCUCAACCACAUCUACAGCAACCAAGGCCUAAUUCCCUUCUACAUGGGGUUCAUCCCCUCCAUGCAGGACAACUACGCGCUGACGUUUGGCAACAGCACCCGGAAGGCCUACUGGAAGGAACAGGCGCGGCGAGACCACACGCUAUGAAAAAGCUUUAAUGGUGGUGUCUGUACAGCAUGGAAUAUGGAAGGGAAAACAGCAGGUGCACACACAGCGGGACAGGCCAGAGGACAGGCUGGGAGUGAAUAAAGAGUUCACACCGCU